GUCAUUGUAAAUGUUUACCUUCGAGCAUGCGCAAUAUCAAAAACUUUUAGCAGGUUUUUUUUUCACCGCCAGAAUAUUCAAAAUGGCGUUUGAAAGUCACUCAUCUAACUCGAGUAAUUCACAAGCUGGCGGCAUUGACAUUGAUAAUCCACCAUUUUCCCGAGUUUUUGUGGUUUGCUCGCGAAGUUUAACUGCAGAGGCAGUAGAAGAAGCAUUUUCAGCGUACGGAAGUAUCGAAAACGUGCGAAUGGUCAAAGACAAAAUUACGAAGGAAAACAAAGGAAUUUGUUUUGUGAAGUUCAGCAAAGCGUCAUCAGCUGCAUUUGCUAUUGAAUAUUUAGAUGGUAAGGCCAUUGGAAAUGAGGCUAAACCGAUCAAGGCUAUGAUUGCACAAUCAAGAACACCAGGCAAGCAACACGAAGUGCAGAAUGACUCAGACCUUAGUCGUAUUUUCGUUGUUGUACCAAAAACAUUUACGGAGGAUGAACUACGUGCAAAGUUUGCUGAUUACAAUGACAGUAUCGAGUAUUGUCAGAUUUUAAAAGAUCGUGACACGAGAGAACCCAAAGGUGUUGCUUAUGUAAAAUUCAAGAAACCAUCGACAGCUGCAUUGGCGAUCGAAACAUGUGAUCGAUCUUUAAAGGCUGUGAUUGCAGAACCCAAGUCAUCGAAGUUGAAACAGCAAAAAAUGGAAAAGGAGAAGAAUGUUAUGUCUGCGUUUGCGGCAGCUAUGCAGGGAAUACCAGUGAAUCCUUUCAUGGAGCAACAAGCAUUGAACUUCCACGAUGCAAAAAACACAAGUAGCAAUACUUCUCUUGUUGCUGCUCAGGCUACUGUGUCUGAAGGAAUUGCUUCAACAUUAACAAACAAGCGUCUUUUUGUUGUCGUAUCACCGUCGGUAACCCAUGAUCAAGUCUCAUCUCUCUUUGAUCUUGUGCCUGGAAUGGAGUACUGUGAUCUUAAACGUGAUCACAACACGCAUGAAUCACGUGGUAUUGCAUAUGUCAUGUAUACUUCGGUGGGUUCUGCAAUCUAUGCCAAAGAAAAACUGAAUGGUUUUGAAUAUCCUCCUGGUUCAAGACUUGUUGUAAAAUUUGCUGAAGAAAAUACAAGUCAUCAAAAUGGUAACAAGAGCAAUACAAACCAAGGCAAUGAGCUUUCCUUCCUUGGGGUGAACCCAGCUAGCCAGAGUUUUGUCAAUCCUAUGACAAACAUGAUGUCAAUCCCUUUCAAUGCUGGCCAAUCACAGAUGCACCAGCCACUUGCUGCAACAUCUUCAAGCACCAAUCCUUCGUAUUCAACAGCUGCACUACCAGAUCGCCAAUCACUUGCAGAGCCGAAUUCUCAAGUUGCUGCUCGUCUCUUUAUAGUAUGCCAACCUGUUGCUCCUCCAGAGCAUAUAUUGAAAGAUGUGUUUUGUCGUUACGGCAACCUGAUUGAUAUCUGGAUGGUUAGUGAUCGUAAUUUUGGUUAUGCCAAGUUUGCAAAUAAAGAUUCAGCCAAUGCAGCUAUCGCUGGUUUAAAUGGCCAGGAGGUUCUAGGAAUGAAAAUGAAGGUACUUCAUGCUGAUCCACCAAAAAACGAAAGUUCCAGAAAACGGCCACGUGUUUGAGAUGAUUGCAUAAAGUUGCUAUUUGAAAGACUUGUUUCACAUAUUGGUGUUUUUGCGUGCUAUCGGUUUGGUCGUCAUAAGGUAUUGAUUCAAUGUUAUGAAAGUAAUCUUAGCUCCAUUUCAUUAAAUCGUUCUUGGACAUGUUUUGUUUUUAACGAUGGACAGUUGGACAUUAUUGCUGUUUUAAACUGAGGUUUUACGAUCAGUCGACUACUAACAUUAUUUGACGAAACUUGUACUCUUCUAACAUGAUUAAAAACAAUCAAUACAGUA